AUGGUAACAUCUAAAGAAUGGACAAGCUCAGCAUAUGUCAAAGAAGCAAAGGCAAAACAGUUUGUGGAUCAAGUUUUAGAUUCUGGAUUUUGGAGUAAAUGUGUUGAUGUAGUUAAACCCACUGAACCACUUGUGCGUGUGUUGCGUAUUGUUGAUAGUGAAGAUAAACCUGCUAUGGGCAUUCUAUACAAAUCUAUAGUCAAAGCUAGAGAGGAGAUGGUGAGGAGGUUUCAAAGAAAUAAGAAGAAAGUGGAUCCUUACUUGAAAAUCUUAGAUAAACGUUGGGAUUCACAGCUCCGCAAAAAUCUUCAUGUUAUCGGUUAUUGGUUGAAUCCAGCUUGUAGAUAUAAUGAUGUAGAGUUUGAAAAACAUACAUCCACAACAUCAGAACUUUUAGAUGUCAUUGAAAAGCAUGCUAAUGGAAAUUCUGAACUUCAAUUGAAGUUAACAGAUGAGAUGAGAAUAUUCAAAGACGGUGAAUUAGAUUUUGGAAGGAAAUCAACCGUGGAUGAACGAUGUAUUGUGAGGGCAGAUCAAUGGUGGAAAACUUAUGGCACUUGUACACCAACUUUGCAAAGGUUAGGUAUUCGUAUUUUAAGCCAAACUUGUAGUGCUUCGGGUUGUGAACGCAAUUGGAGUAUAUUUGAGCAUAUUCAUUCCAAAAAAAGAAAUAGAUUGGAGCACCAAAAGCUUAAUGAUUUAGUGUUUGUUCGUUACAACUUGAGACUUCAAAAUAGGAAAAUAAGAAAUGGGAGUUAUGAUCCUAUCAAUAUUGAAAUAAUUGCCGACCAUUCUAGUUGGGUAUUAGAGGAUUCACCGCCUCUCUUAACCAAUGAAGAGUUGGAAGCAUUGCGGAAUGACCUUGCAAAUAUGACCAUCCAACCAGUUUCAAGUGAUAUUGAUCAAAUAGAUUUAGACGGGGAUGAAGAUGGAGAUAUGGGUAAUGCACAAGAUACUAUUGUUGAUACUGUAAAUCAAGAAAAAAGCAACACCAGAGAAGAUGAAGUUGGUGGAGAAGACAUUAAAGACAAUCUCGGCUUCCAGUUGUAUCUUGAGUCAUUGGAUCUUUUCAUUGUGGCUAACUAUUCAUACUAUUCAAAGAACAACAUAAUGGAGCAGAGGAACACGGAUGUGAUGCGAAAAAUAAAUAUCAACUACCAAUUUGUAGCAGAUAGAGCACGGCAGCUGAAGGCACUGUGGAGAUCGUGGUAA